AUGGCUGUGCCCGAACAAGAACUGAAAGAGACCAUUUCGCCGCUACCACUUCCUCAAGAUGUACAGGAGCUGAGCAAUGAUUCGGAGGAAGAUAGUGGACAUGCCUCCCACGGUACCAAGCGGGGUAUCCGAUCGCGUCACUCGCAGAUGCUCGUAAUAGGAGGUACAAUCGGCACCGGACUUUUCGUUGGCACGGGACAAGCAUUAGCAACCUCCGGUCCGGCUUUCCUAUUCUCAGCAUACUUAGUCAUCUGUUUUCUUGUCUAUGCCAUCGUUACGGCGAUCACGGAGGUCGGCGCCUAUAUGCCCGUUCCGGGUAUGUCGGUAGCGUAUUACGGGAAUCGAAUUGUAUCCCCUAGUCUCGGAUUCGCUUUGGGAUGGAUGUACUUCUAUACGUGGGGUAUAAGUGUCGCCUACGAAGUUACCGCCGCUGCCGUCGUGAUAGAUUACUGGCCAAACACCGUUCCUGUGGCAGCAUGGAUCACUAUUAUGCUAUUUGUUAUCAUAUCGUUGAAUCUUCUCCCCGUUGGGGUCUAUGGGGAGUCUGAGUUCUGGUUCGCUUCCAUCAAAGUGUUCACCAUAAUCGGCCUCUUGAUUCUCUCCGCUGUUCUCUUCUUCGGCGGUGGGCCUAGCCAUACUCGCCUGGGCUUUUGGUAUUGGCAAGACCCUGGGCCGGUUAAAGAGUACCUCGUCGGAGGCGCUGGUGGCCGGUUUUGCGCAUUCCUCUUCACCCUCAUCUACUCGUGCUUCAGUUUCAACUUCAGUCCUGAGUUGGUUAUCAUCACGGCGGGCGAGAUGCAAUCCCCUCGUAAGAAUCUUCCAAGAGCUGCAUUACACUUCACUUGGCGUUUAGUCAUAUUCUAUGCCCUCGGAGCUCUUGCUAUUAGUGUCAUAUGCCGAAGUGACGAAUCCGCUCUUGCCAACGGCGGAAAAGGAGUUGCGUCGUCUCCGUGGGUUAUUGCUAUUAAGAAUGCCGGGAUACAUGGACUAGACAGCGUCAUCAAUGCUGCCGUUAUUACCUCAGCCUGGUCGAGCGGUAAUUCAGUUUUAUAUAUGUCUAGUCGGUCGCUGUACUCGCUAGCCAUAGCAGGAAACGCGCCUCCGAUAUUCGCCCGUUGCAACAAACACGGCGUACCCAUGUACGCCGUAAUAGCUUCGAGUCUCCUUUCUUUACUUGCGUAUCUUAACGUCGGUACUGUCAGUGGCAUCGUGUUCAACUGGUUUGUUAGUGUUAUCAACACGGCGGCAUUUAUCAGCUGGACAAGUUGCUGUCUCAUUUUCUUCCGCUUUAGAAGGGCAUGCGAAGUACAAGGUAUCGCAAAAGCUGACUUGCCAUAUUCCAGUGUAGUACAACCUUAUGCAGCAUGGGUUGCCAUUGUGGCAUUUGGUAUAUUUGGGUUGCUGAAUGGAUUCUCGGUCUUCUUCCCAGGGCAUUUUACUGUAUCUGAUUUCUUCGCCGCAUAUAUCGGCAUCCCGGCGUUUUCACUGAUAUAUUUUGGCCAUAGGAUUGUAACCAGAAGCGACCCUUGGAUAAGGGCGCCUCGUUCCGUUGAUCUUAAGACUGGCUUAUCUGAUGUCCUAGUGGACGGGGAAUCGGAGGUCGCUACAGAGACGGUUGUGGCUCCAACUAAGUACAACAGCCAUCGGUGGCUAAAGAGUAUAUACAUUAUGUUGGGAUGGGACUGA